AUGGACCUCCACUUCAUCUUGACGUCGACCACCGAGAGCACGGCCAUGCACACUAUCAACAAGUACACGUUGGACGUCUCGGGCAAUGCGUCGCCCACGAGCCCCGAAGGCCUCUACCCGUCGUACGACCAGCAGCAGCAGCACCACCACCACCAACCUGUCUUUUCACCCGUCUUUCGCGCACCGGCGCUCCCGCCGCUCUGCACCUUGCACCCGGAGCACGUGCGUCCGUCCGAUAAGAACAUUCAGUGGUACCGCAGUGUCAUGGCAAGAGCCAACCCGCUCGAGAGCCUGAUCCAAGGUCCGAUGAAGCGCCCGACGCCGGUCCAGACCGCGCCCCGCGGCGGCGCGUGCAUCAUCCAAGGCUGCCGCAACAAAGCAGUGAGCCGUGGCAAGUGCAUCACACAUGGCGGUGGCUGUCGCUGCAAGUUUGAGGGCUGUGUCAACGGCGCCAAGAUGCGGGGCCUCUGCCACCUCCACGGCGGGAAGCGCCAGUGCCAGCAAGACGGCUGCCAAAAGGACGCCAAAUUAAAGGGGCUCUGCUGGGCGCACGGCGGCCGCCGCCCCAAGCCCAUCAAGGGGGCCUACCAAAACGUUGGGAAAGCACGGCUGGCGUCGUGGGGGGUGGUGCAAAAAGCCAUGUCUGCGUCGGCGGCCAUCGAACAGCGCAACCAGGAGGCGACCGUCUAUGUGGGCAACCUCGACGAGAAGGUGACCGAGGAGCUGCUCUGGGAGCUCAUGCUGCAGGUCGGCGUCGUCGUCAACGUGCACAUCCCGCGCGACAAGGUCACGUCCAAGCACAGCGGCUUUGGCUUUGUCGAGUUUCGCACCGAGGAGGACGCCGAGUAUGCGACCAAGGUCAUGAACAUGAUCCAGCUCUUCAACAAGAUCAUCAAGGUCAAGAAGGCGUCGCAGGACACGAAGACGCUGGACAUUGGCGCCAACCUCUUCCUCGGCAACCUCGACCCGGACGUCGACGAGAAGCUCCUCUACGACACCUUCUCGGUCUUUGGCGGGAUCAUCGAGACGCCCAAGGUCAUGCGCGACGUCGACACGAAGCAGUCCAAGGGCUUUGGCUUUGUCGCCUACGACUCGUUCGAAGCCGCGGAUCUCGCGAUCGAGUGCAUGAACGGCCAGUACCUCUGCAACCGGCAGAUCGUCGUCCAGUACGCGUACAAGAAGGGCAGCCAGAGCGAGCGCCAUGGGUCGCAGGCCGAGCGCCUCCUCGCGUCCAACAACCCAAGCAAGAUCAAGCCCCACACGCGGUUUGCAUUUGCAACGCCGGCUGUGCCCGCCGCGCCGACCAUGAUGCACCCGCAGAUGCACCCGCAGAUGGGCCACACCAUGUACCAGCAACCGCCGCCGCCGCCCGCCGGCAUGAUGUACCAGCAGCCGCCGCCCGUGCCGACGAGCAUGAUGUACCAGCAGCCACCGCCCAUGUACAGCAUGCCACCGCCGCCGCCGCAACAGUAUUAA